AAAAUUUCCCCACCCCUAGGGAAUCAGUUUUUCUUGCGAUCAUCCGUAGCAGCAAUCCCCGUGCCGCUCGCAGAAUCCAAUUCCCAAAUCCGGCAGACAAGUCAGUCCGGCGGAGAAGUUACUCGAUGGGGUCGGCGCCCGACACCUGCGAGAUCGCGCGCCUGCCAGAGGACCUCCUCUCGGCGGCGCUCGCCCUUGCCACGCCGAGGGGCGCCUGCCGCGCCGCCGCGGUCUCUCGCGCCUUCCGCGACGCCGCCGGAACCGACGCCGUAUGGGCCCGCUUCGUCCCCCGGGACCUCCCACCGAUCGCUGCCGAGGAGCUCGCCGGCCCCGCGCCGCCGUCCAAGAAGGAGCUGUUCCUUCGCCUCUCCGACCGCCGUCUCCCCGUUCUACUCGCCGAUGGGCUCAGGAUACGGCCGGUCCCCAACAAUGCUCUACUCGCCUAUGGCUUCAAGAGCAUGUGGUUGGACAGGGGUAGCGGCGCCAAGUGCUACAUGCUGCUAGCGAGGGGCCUGCACAUCUCGUGGGGCGACGCGUGCUACUGGCGCUGGAUGUAUCUCCCCGACUCCAGGUUCGAAGUUGCUCAACUCUUGAAUGUUUGCUGGUUUGAAAUACGGGGCAAGAUACACAGCAAAAUGCUAUCUCGAGCCACAGCUUAUGCAUCUUACAUUGUGUUCAAGACACCUGCUGAAUCCUACGGGCUGGAUUAUCCGCCGCAGAAGGCAUCAAUAGACACAGUUGCAGGAAAGAAAAUAAUUCGCAAAGUCUGCCUCCAAAGCUACGAAGGCAGGCAUGUGAAUCGUCGGAUCACAGUGCCCUUGACGCGAGAAUACAACAAGAGCUACCGGCGUGGGCAUGGUAGAAACCCGGUGCUCCCUCAGGAAAGGGCUGAUGGUUGGAUGGAGUUGGAGAUGGGUGUGUUCUACAACAAGGCAAGUGAUGAUGGUGAGGUGCGCUUUAGCCUACUGCAGACAUCAUCUACUUCUAAGAGAGGUCUUAUUGUCCAAGGCAUUGAGAUUAGGCCCAAGAAACUAGGCUAGGGUCUGUAGCCAUCCUGUGGGAAUAAAAAUAAAUAAAUUGACAGAAUAAAGCAUGUAAUCAGUACUGAGUAUUCCGCAUAUGGCCAGAUGCUUUAGUCAAAUUUAUGAGCUGUAAAAAAAAAACAUUAGUGACGUGUAUCAGCGACUGAGCAUUCCAUUGCAUUUCCUACUUUGUGGUUGUGGCUGCUGUUGCAUA